AUGGUGAACGCUUAUGGAUCGUAUUUGGGAACCGGCACCAAACCAAUACAAUAUGUCAAUGGAACAGAUUUCAUGUCUGCUUACAAGUCAAACCAAGGAGAUAAUAACAGUGAGGAGCCAAAGAUUUCUAAGACACUGGAAAGUGAGACAGCGAUUUUGACAGCAGCAAGGAAUGGCAUAGUUGAAAUAGUGAAUGAGCUUAUAACAAAAAUACCAAGUUCAAUAUACGAUGUUAACUUGGAAAAUAAAAAUGUAUUACUUGUAGCAGUUGAGAACAGAAGAACCAUCAUUGUUGAGGCAUUAAGGAAACGGUUUGAAAAGUGUGAUAAAAAAGCGAUAUUUGAUAACUUAAUCCAAGAUGUGGAUAUGGAAGGGAACACUGUGUUACAUUUAGCAGCUACAAGAAGUGAUCAAGAUUGGCACAUUUCUGGAGCUGCCUUGCAAAUGAUGUGGCAUAUCAAAUGGUUUCAGUACACUAAAGGACUAGUGCCAGAGCAUUUCACAGUUAGAACAAACAAAAAGGACAAAACAGCAGGGGAAUUAUUCAAGAAAUCACACGCAACACUGGUACAAGAUGGUAGUACGUGGCUCAAAGACACUUCUGAGUCUUGUUCUGUAGUAGCAGCACUCCUUGCCGGCGUUUCCUUUGCUGCGUCAAGCACUGUGCCGGGCGGCAACAAAAGUGAAACAGGUGAACCAACAUUAGAAGGAAGGCCUGCAUUUGAUGCAUUUGCUAUGUCUUCAGUAAUUGGUCUUUGUUUCUCUGUUACUGCACUCAUAAUGUUCCUUUCUAUACUCACUUCUCGAAAAGAUGCUAAAGAUUUCAGAAAUGAUUUGCCUAGGAAGCUUCUUUGGGGAAUGAGUUCUCUUUUCUUGUCCAUUGUUGCAAUGUUGGUUGCUUUCUGUUCUGGCCAUUUCUUUUUGAUUGACCACAAGUUCAAGCACAUUGUGUUUCUGAUUUAUGCAGUCACUUGCUUCCCUGUGACUUUGUAUGCAGCAGCACAACUUCCACUUUACAUUGAUCUUCUGAGAGGUAUUAUAACCAAAGUGCCAAAGACAUGUGAUAAGGGUGAGGACAUUUAAAGGUUCAAAAUGCAUUGAAAAUGGGUUUGGCUUGUUCAAAUAACGAAGACAGUGACUUGAUUACUACUUACUACCUAUGAUUGGAGAAGUAUAUAUAUUUAUUUAUAUGUCUAAUGUUGGAUUGUGGUUAUUUUAGUGAGAGUAUUUUAUUGUAUACUCUGUCAAUGCUUAAUGCUGAUAGAUUAUUUUAGCAUUCAACCCUGUAUUGCUACUUUUCUACUUGAUUAAUUUGAU